CUUGGAAGGAGGCUGAACCACCUGAAGCCAUGGCUAGCACUCUAAGUCCUAGCUCUAUGGCCCCGACGGAGGAGCCUCCUGUACCGUCACAGCGCAUUCAAAAUGCUGCUGACAUCUCCGUCAUUGUCAUCUACUUCAUAGUCGUGCUAGCUGUGGGGCUGUGGGCAAUGGUGAAAAGCAACAGAGGCACUGUUGGAGGCUUCUUCCUGGCUGGUCGAGAUGUAGCCUGGUGGCCGAUGGGAGCCUCUCUCUUUGCCAGUACCAUUGGCAGUACCCACUUUGUGAGCUUGGCUGGAACAGGAGCAUCUUCAGGAAUCAUUACUGUAGCAACAGAAUGGAAUACUGUGUUUAUGGUGCUACUUCUUGGAUGGAUCUUUGUUCCCAUCUACAUCAAGGCAGGGGUGAUGACCAUGCCAGAAUAUCUCAGGAAGCGGUUUGGUGGGAAGAGACUCCAGAUCUAUUUCUCCAUCCUCUCCCUCUUCCUCAUGCUGGCCAUCAAAAUCUCUUCAAACAUAUUUUCCGGAGCCAUAUUCAUUCAGUUGGCCUUAGGAUUAGAUAUUUACCUGGCAGUCUUCAUCCUCUUGGCUAUCACUGCAGUUUACACAGUUACCGGGGGUCUGGCCUCAGUGAUCUACACAGAUUCUUUCCAGACUUUCAUCAUGUUGGUUGGCUCUUUCAUUCUCAUGGGGUUUGCGUUUGCUGAAGUCGGUGGUUAUGAGAGCUUCACAGAGAAGUACAUGAACGCCAUUCCCUCUGUGGUUGAGGGGGACAACCUGACCAUCAACCCCAAAUGCUACACUCCUCAGCCGGAUGCCUUCCACAUCUUCCGGGAUCCCAUCACUGGUGACAUCCCAUGGCCAGGACUGAUAUUCGGAAUGACCAUUCUAGCUAUAUGGUACUGGUGUGCAGAUCAGGUCACUGUACAGCGCUGCUUGUGUGGCAAGAACAUGUCUCAUGUGAAGGCUGCCUGCAUAGUGUGUGGCUACCUGAAGCUGCUGCCCAUGUUCCUCAUGGUGAUACCAGGGAUGAUCAGCCGCAUUCUGUACACAGAUAAGGUGGCCUGUGUCGUGCCUUCUGAGUGUGUGAAACAGUGUGGAACUCCAGUUGGCUGCACCAACUAUGCCUACCCCACCCUGGUGCUGGAACUGAUGCCUGAUGGACUGCGAGGCCUGAUGCUGUCAGUCAUGUUGGCUUCUCUUAUGAGCACCCUGACCUCCAUCUUCAAUAGUGCCAGCACCCUCUUCACCAUGGACCUCUACACCAAGAUGAGGAAGAAGGCAUCAGAGAGAGAGCUCAUGAUAGCUGGACGGGUAUUUGGCAUUGUUCUAAUCGUCAUCAGCAUCCUGUGGGUCCCUUUUAUACAGGCAUCACAAAAUGGACAGCUAUUUCAUUACAUAGGAUCAUUUGCUAGCUACAUUGGGCCUCCAAUUAGUGCUGUCUUCAUGCUUGCCAUCUUCUGCAAAAGAGUCAAUGAACAGGGAGCAUUCUGGGGGCUAAUGGUUGGACUUGUGAUAGGCCUUGCCCGUAUGAUUCCUGAGUUUAUAUAUGGAACAGGCAGCUGCUUGGCUCCCAGUAACUGUCCCAAGAUUAUCUGUGGAGUGCACUAUACAUACUUUGCCAUCAUUCUGUUUUUUGUGUCCAUAGUAGUAAUCCUGGGAGUCUCCUUCCUAACGAAGCCAAUUCCUGAUGUUCACCUAUACCGCCUGUGCUGGAGUCUUUGGAACAACACAGAAGAACGCAUUGACUUAGAUGCAGAAGAGAAACCUCUAGAAGAUGACAGUGCUCCUGAAGAACAUGAAUCUGAGCAAUCCAGUGGAUGUCUUAAGAGAGCAUGUAGCGUAUUCUGUGGUUUGCAGAACAAAGGGCCUAAGCUAACCAAAGAAGAGGAAGAAGCCCUGAGGAAAAAAUUCUCAGACACAUCUGAGAAGCCCUUUUGGAGAAAUGUAGUGAAUAUCAAUGCCAUCAUCCUCUUGGCUGUGGCUGUCUUUGUCCAUGCCUAUUUUGCCUGAACCCUGAACGAAGCAAAGGACUGAGUUUUCUUUUAUAAAGUCUGUCAUGUGACAAAGUAGAUGACCAAUUGGAAAUGUUGUGCAAUUAGAUUGCUACACAUAUGAUUUCUUGCUUUUAUCAUGCCUUUGUGUUAAUCAGUUGAAAGAUUCUUUUUUCCAGGUCUAUUUAGAUGGAAAUAAAAACGUAUAUAUUUAAGAUACAUACCAUGGUGAUUUGAUAUGUACACACUUUGAAAUGAUAAUCAUGACCAAAUUAAUAUACCUAUCAUCUGCUUUGGUCAUCUUUUGUGUUCUUAAGGAUGACAAUAUUUAAGAUGUGCUCACUUAGUAAACUUCAGUUUACAAUAGCAUUUUUUUAAGUAUAGUCACUAUAAUUUGCAUAAAUUCCCAGAAUUCUUUUUGUGUCCAAAAUUGUAUGCCCUUUGAUCAACAUCUAACUAUUUCAAACUUUAUAACUAUGAAAACUCACUAUUGACUGGAUAUGAUGUGAAGUCUUAAUGAAUUAAUUAAUAUCCCAUGGUUGCAAAGCAAGCUUGCCUUCUUCUAGGCAUAUCUUCUAGAACAAUUUAUCCUUAGCAAUUGUUUCUGUGGGGCAGACUUCCUUAUGUGCCCAUACACACAUUUGUAAUGCAUGUGUAUAUUCUACUUCCCUGAAAAGGAAAUUUAAAUGUCGUAACAGUGAAUGAAUUAAAAAGCUUGACCUUGUCUUUAAUGGAAA